AUGAACACCGAAUUCCAAACCACCCUCACCAACCUCGAAAACAAGCUCAACACUUUAAUAACCAGCCUGACCACCUCCCCAACAGCCACCGGCGCGCCCGCAGCAGCAGUCAACCUCCUCGACGCCGACGACGCCCUCACAACCUCGAUCUCCACCCUCCGACACCACCAAGACAACUACGCCCGCAUCCUCCGUCUCCGGAACGAAGCCGCCUCGCUCGAAGAAAAAGUCAAAGAGAUCGUGAAAACAGUCGUGAACUACGAGAAAGAAAUCCGCACGGUCUGCAACUCUGAUGAAAUCGAUAGCGACUCGGACUUUGACUCCGAUAGUUCGGGGUAUGAUAGUGAUGCGGAGAUGCAGGAUGCGGGUGGGAGGCCGAGGAAGUUGAGGGGCAUUCGGGAGGUGGAUUAUCGGCUUUUGCUUGAUUUUGCGAGGCGCAUUAGUAAGUAUAAUCAUCAGGCUGCUGCGGAUGCGGAGGCGGGGGCGAAGGCGAGGGUUCAGAUUGGGGAGGAUCGGGAUACGGAGAUGACGGGGACUGGAGCGAUAGGGACGAAUGGAGUAGAGGAUGGGGAGGCGGAGCCCGUGUCGAGUGUUACCAAGGAUGCGACGUCUUGGUUGGAUGAGUCGGCCAAUAUGACGCGCCAGGUGUAUAUGUUGCCUUAUCCCAUGGAGGAUCGCAUUCGGUUGGGUCUUAUGGGGCAGAUUCAGUUGGCUGCCGGUGAGGGACGGCCCGGGUUUGAUCCUGAUCAGGAGGUUGAGCGGUUGAUUCGCGAGGCGGAGGGAUUGGGGGCUGCGGAUGCGCCGCCGGUUGCAAAUGUGAGUGAUGAGGAGAGCCGUGUGGGUGAGGCUGCGAAGGCUGCUGUAAAGGCUGGGUCUGGUGCCGUUGGUAGUGGUGCUGGUACUGGUGGAGUGUCGGCUGCUGUGCCGAAGCCGAAACCGAAGGCUACGCUUGAUUUGGAUCUGGAUGAUGACGAUGAUGAGGAUGAUUUUUGA